UAUAUAUAUCUAUAUAUAUAAAGAGAGAGCAAGGUUUUCUAAAUCUCCCACCAAAUCCCAUUUGCGAAAUCUCCAAGAAAGUGAGAGUCUUUGAACGCUUUGAGGAAAAGAACAAAAAACUCAGAAGAGAUAAUGAUGAUGACGAGUAUGGCUCAGCAGGCGGCGGCGGCGAGUCAGUGGACAAGGAUGGAGGACAAGCUGUUCGAGAGGGCUCUGGUGAUGGUGCCGGAGGACUUUCCGGACCGGUGGAUGAGGAUCGCCGAGUGCGUGCCGGGGAAGUCACAGAGGGAGGUCAGGGAACACUACGAGGAUCUGGUACGCGACGUGCUCGAGAUCGAUUCGGGCCGGGUGGAGCUGCCGAGUUACACCGAUGAUUCUGAUGGGUGGGACUCGCCGAGUCAGAUCUCGUUCGGGUCGAGGACCAAGCACGGUGACGCUGAGAGAAAGAAGGGGACGCCUUGGACUGAAGAAGAGCACAAGUUAUUUCUGAUAGGGCUGCAGAAAUUUGGCAAGGGUGAUUGGAGGAGCAUUUCAAGGAAUGUGGUUGUGACAAGGACACCGACUCAAGUGGCUAGCCAUGCCCAGAAGUACUUUCUUCGCCAGACCUCGGUAAAGAAAGAGAGGAAGAGGUCGAGCAUACACGACAUCACCUCGGUGGAUAACAACAACUCGGCGGCUAUGCCUGUUGAUCAGAACUGGAUUCCUCCAUCAAGUGGUGGUGCAGUUCAGCAGCAGCCUGCACCACCACCUGCUUUGGCACAGAUGACCAUGCCGGGGCAUUUGCACGAUCAAUCGACCUCAUUUGGGUAUCAAAACUUUGGCUUUCAAAUGUAAAGAUGCAUAAUAACAGCUACAUGCUCUGUAUGUAAAGCAGUAGUCUUAGUUUAGCAAAUCCAAUUUGUAAAUUUCUGUGGAUGGUUUUGUUAGGUGUUAGGUGAUAAGGAAUUUGAUGGUGUAUUUAGUAUUCUUAAGUCUUUUAGUGAACUAAAGAAAUCAUCUUUGGUGGUGAACAUAGCAAGUUGAUGUACUGAACUUUUAGGAAUUAAUCAAUAAGACAGGAAUUCUUUUUGGCAA